GCUGCCGGAGGGGCGUCCUCCGCUGCCCUCCCACAGCCGGGUGCAGGGAGGAAGCCCCAGGCGAGGUGGAGCUACUUCCUGGGCGAGGCGUGCGCUGGCGGUCGCCGGUGUCGGCCCAGGCUCUGGCUGAGGCCUGGGCAGGCGCUGGCAGCUCCGAGGCCGGGCCGGGCCUGCCGCCGCAGCGGCAGCGCUUUCCAAGACGUUGCGUUUUCAGACGGUGCUCGUUAGUUUGUCCCGAGGGCCCGGGAGGGGUGUCUGGGCAGCAGCAGCAGCGCCGUCCAGCGGCUUGCUCCGGCGCGAUCUCCAGCAGGGCUCCGCGCUGCUGCGGGGCGGUAGGGACGCAUGGGCUGUGGUGGUAUGGCGGCUUAAUUGGGGCAAAGCGAUGUAAAUCCACGCUCCUGAAUUGGGGUAAGGCGGUGGUUGAUGUCAGCCAUCUAAAAGCCGGAGCCGGGCUGCAGCGUGAGGGUCGAGGGCAGCCCGCAGCAGCACUGUCAGCGGUACGUCGGGCCCUGCUGGGAGAGACGGGCAUUUCCCACGUGCUUUUAAGCAACAUUGAGCCGCAGAAGCUAGGGGGGCGAUUGUGGCAGGCUCUGGAUAACAUCCAUAGCAGCAUGGUUUUAUUUUAGCGUGUUUAGAGUAGGUAUUGAUAUCCACUUGCCACAAGUUUCAGGAGCUCCUUCAGUAAACUGCUCCCUGGUCUCUUCAGAGACAGGUAGCAGUUGGCCAGUUCAGUGACAUAACGGUUGCCCUACUGUUUCCUCCUUUACCUUUUUUUUUUCCUUUUUCCCUUCCUUGCUAGACAUGAAAAAAAUAGAUUUAGACUGGAUUUCUUAAGAAGCCAAGUGGAUGGAGAGCUCAAAGACCCGUUAGCUUUUGCCCUGCAUACACCUGGUUUUGGCAGGGGGCGGGUGGAAGGUGGGGUAUGAUCUGCUCAUCUCGAUCCUACAGAGGUACCGUCACUUACAUGUUUCAAGAGUAUUACAUGCUGGCCUUCAGGUGAGGAGCAAGUGCUGUGACCGGAAAAGGAUAUAUUUCAGUUUCAAGUAUAGCUGGAAAUGUUUUUUAAAAGCCUCAGUUCAGACAACUGAAGCUUUAUAAGUCCUCUCUUCUAAAAUGGCUUAUCUAUCUGCCUGUGCCUUCAUUAAGAAACCCAGGGAUACUGGUUUGUCCUGUUUCACCACAGAUGAACCUUAUCUUGAUCUUUUUACAAAAACAUCAGCCUUGGCCAGUCACUACCCAAAGAACUUGACACCUUUAUUUGCAGAGUUUUCUGGAAGAGCAUUUCCUGUUCAAGAAAAUCCAUGGGCACUAACUCCAACUUCUUACAAAGGCAGGUAGCACUGACACUUCAGAGCCAUUUGAGAGUGAACUGGACUCUGUCCUUACGGCUGAUGUGCUGUUACAGGAGCAUUAGCUAGUAUUGUUUGGCCUGGAUAUACUGACUGUUCUCAACUAUCUGUAACAGAGAAUUUUUAUGGUCCUAAAACUGAAAGUUAUUUUCCUAAUUCACAAGGACUCCUUUGCAUUGGUAAGAGAAAUAAAAAAAAACAAACAACCCUACCAGAUGUUGAUUCUUCUAACUUACCUACCCAGUUCCUAGUACAGCACUACCUCUCACUGCUGGACCUAGUCUUAGAUGGAAGCAGAAGAACCACCCCAACCACCUGUAGCAGUUCCCUGGUGCUGGAAGAGACCAGCCUGCUUCCCCAGCCACCCUGACAGCCAGAACGCCCCUUCCCAAGCACUCCAGGGAAUGGGACCACCCCUCUCAGCAGUAGGUAGUUGUUAGAUCAGCUCAGCUGUAGCAACCCAUGUCCUUGGAAACACUGACAGCUAUGGCAAGAAUGCUUGCCUGACCGACAGGCAGCCUUUUCUUAUGUCCAUAUCCACUGGUGGUUUUUUUGCUUUUUUUGAACACCUGCAGAAAACAAUAUUGCAUCACCAAGCAUGAUGUGGAGUUCAAAUUCAGAAGUUACUCAAUUUUUUAAGCUACGAUUGGGAAACAUUUAUAGAAAAACAAUGUCAUGAAAUUGUUCAGUUUGAGUAAAAAGGUAACAACUGCAUUUUUCAUAUACCUAGCCUUCACAUGCUUUGGAGUUUUGAAUUGACUGGAUUUUAAUGCUUUUGAUUUAAAUAAAACAAUACUAUUUGCGAGCUGUCAUACAAACAGUGGCACAUUUGUUAUUCAGGUGAUGCCAUGAUUUGAGCCAGUACACAGUGAUACAGUUAAUUACCAAACUGAAGUCGUUGCCAUAGCUCCACUGUGGGACAGCACAGAUGAAACAAAAGCCUUUUUCAUGAACGUUAGUUCAAUCCUUGACAUUCAUCUCUGGCCAUAACAAGAAUGCAUCUGUUUCCCAAAGCAGAGCAUAACAAGCAUAUUUAAAUGCUGCAGUGGGGGGAAAGAAAGAGGGGGGCAGGGGAUGUGCUUUGCUUUGGAAAAGAAAAAUAACAGCAAGAUUUGGGACUUCCUCUGCUAAACAGCUUUAUCACAGCAGAUUACUUUGAGCUGAUUUUUAACCUCCCUUGGGAUAGUCACACACGAACAACUUGGCAUGACCUUUGCUCAAUUGUCUUUUAAGUAUAAGAAGUGGGAAUUCCACUGCACAGUUCAGAGCCACCCAAGGUUCUCUCAAGGAAAGUGUGAUAGCUGCAGAGAAAAGUGCAAGAGAAGCACAGUAACGAAGAUGGUAGGCAGCAAAAAAUGCAGUACAGAAGAGGAAGCUCACGAAACUCCCAGAUUCCAACGAAAGACUCUGACGGCCCCGGCUCCAUUUGCAGACGAAACAAGCUGUCAGUGCCAAGCGCCCCAUGAGAAGCUAACCAUUGCACAAGCCCGCCUGGGAACACCAGUUGACAGACCUGUCAGAGUGUAUGCAGAUGGCAUAUUUGACCUCUUCCAUUCUGGCCAUGCUAGAGCUCUUAUGCAAGCCAAAACUCUAUUCCCAAAUAGCUACUUAUUAGUAGGAGUUUGCAGUGACGAUUUAACUCAUAAAUUCAAAGGCUUCACUGUGAUGAAUGAAACUGAGCGAUAUGAAGCCCUCAGACACUGUCGUUAUGUGGAUGAGGUCAUCAGAGAUGCACCCUGGACACUGACACCUGAGUUCCUUGAAAAACAUAAGAUUGACUUUGUAGCCCAUGAUGACAUCCCGUACUCCUCCGCUGGCUCGGAUGAUGUAUACAAACACAUAAAGGAGGCAGGAAUGUUUGUACCAACGCAGAGAACUGAAGGUAUCUCAACAUCGGAUAUCAUCACAAGGAUUGUCCGGGACUAUGACGUGUACGCCCGGCGCAACCUCCAACGAGGAUACACCGCCAAAGAGCUGAAUGUUAGUUUUAUAAAUGAGAAGAAAUACCGCUUUCAAAACCAAGUGGACAAAAUGAAAGAAAAAGUCAAGAAUGUGGAGGAAAAAUCAAAAGAAUUUGUUUACAAGGUGGAAGAGAAGAGCCAUGACCUCAUUCAGAAAUGGGAAGAAAAGUCCAGGGAAUUUAUUGGCAACUUUUUAGAGCUGUUUGGACCCGAUGGAGCCUGGAAGCAGAUGUUCCAGGAACGAAGCGGGCGAAUGCUCCAGGCUUUUUCUCCCCGGCAGAGCCCAAACAGCAGUCCUACGCGAGGCCGUUCUCCAUCCCGUUCUCCGUCUCCACCGUGGGUCUUCAAUAAAGCCUCCCCUCCCUCUUCUCCAAAAGCUGCCUCUGCCUCCCUCAGCAGCAUGAGCGAGGGAGACGAGGAUGAAAAGUAAAAUAAAGAUGUAUUUUUUUAACCAUGAGACAGAAGAACAAGCUAUGAACUCAACUGCUGGAUGGGGAGACGCAUGAGGAACAUCUGGGGUAUCUCUGACAGCAGGGAACGUGCUCUAGGAGAAGACGCUGAAAAGGGACUGGAGCACGGUGAGAUCUCAGGAAGAGCUUAUCCCAUCCCCACUCCCUCGUGGUGCCUGGAGGCCCGGCCAGCAGUGCUUGCCAGACACGGUACCAGGGACUGACAGAAAAACAGACACCUUUGUGCUAACGGCUGCUGUGGCCAGGCUGGGCCGGCGGGGAGCUCUGCACUGAGUGGGGCUGGCGGGAGGAGCCCUACCGGCUCCCGAUCCAGCCCAGCACACAGGCACACGAUGGCUGCGGCCCAUGGACAGAGAAGAUGCAGUUGUGCUGGACCCUGCUAACUUUGAGCUCUUCCGGCACGUGAAGGAAUGGCCUUGCUGCAGCAAAUACAUUCAGAAAUGGGAAAUAAAAUUUAAUUUUUUUCUUUCUGAAUGAAGUCUGCCCCAGACCCCAAACCAUGCCAGUGAAAUGGAGAGCUCUCCAGCUGAGUUGGUGGAAAUCCAUUUCAUAUGUUCAAGCUAUUGAAUGCUGCUUGUUGACCAAGCCUCUGUACGGGGUGUAUGUAAAGAGUCAGGCUGUAUUUGCUUUAUCAAAUCGCUCUCCGUGUUCCUAGUGCCUGAACAGCUACCUGAUAACUUCUGUUUUGCUCCCUGGCUUUGCACUUUGGAGGCAAGACAGCAAAUGAAAAGACAGCCCUAGCUGGAAUGUGGUGUUGUAGGAAAUAGAUAGUUUGAAGAUGUUGAUUUUUACUGGUAAAUUCUAAACAACACAUGGGAUCCCAAGGCCUCAGGAUCAGGCCUCCUAGGAAACCCUGCUGCUCACGUGCUACGUAUCGCCAAAUGACGAGCACAACAGCGCUGCUGUCCUCACAUGCUACUCAGGCAGUUAAACAAUCUCUCAUCAAACUCUAUAAACGGGAUAUGUUCACCGACACCCUGCCCCUGCAAGCAGUCCUGAGGCCAUUCUUCUACUCUAACAUGGAGAAAAAGUUGGAACAAACAAUGGAAACCUUUUAAACAGGAUUAGGCAUGGGGAUUUUCUUUCUCCGCCCAUAACACCUGUACAGCCCCAAGCUGAACCACAGCAGGGGUAGCACGAGUGAAGCUCUCCCCUCCCCUCGAUGCACUAGCUGAUCUCCUCCCAGCUUGGCAGAGGCAGACCUGCCUGACGUCCGGCUCCACCCUCCAGGCCGGCAGCUGGCACCUGCUGAGGUGGCUGCAGAGUCGCAGGAUUUCUGAGCAUGGGGGAUCCCCCGCCCCCAAGGCUGCCCUGCUCCACAGCUCGGAGACACAGGAAACACCCAGCCCACAUCACUGCGGUAGGGCUGCAAAGCAACGAUGUGAUUUUGCUCCCAGGCUUGCCUGGCAAAGCCUGCCUCAGUGCACAGGUGUGUUCAAGGCUCUCCAGCCCAGCACCAGCUUUGGUGCACCAGGCCAGCAAAGUAAUGGGUGCCGCCACCUGCCUGUCCCACCAGCAGCCUGCCGGGCACAGAGCCCAGGCAGCCUGGGCAGGGGGUCACAGCAGCAAAAUCGACACCGUGCCACUGCUCCCUGGGGUCACAAACCCUCCAGGACACGCCGCCUGCUAUGGGCUGCACCAGUCAGCACUUGGCUGGUUCCCUGCACAGGCAGCAUAGGAAACACUGGGAGAGGGAGGGCUCCGAGUGGCUCUUGGAAUAAAAAUCUGUGAAGGAACAAGACGCCUGAGUGCUUGAACAGAUGGGGUGGGGUAGCACCUGCUGGCAGCAGUCCCCCCCAGGCUACCACCCGUACCUCCUCAGUGGCCUAAUAGGUAAAAUUCCUUUCACUCCUUCCCUUCCUGCUACUUUUCCAGGCAGGUAAAUUACAGAGCCUUGUACCAGGCACCAGGUGAGCCCCACACUCUGUUCAUUCCCUAAAGCUUUCAUCCCCCCACCACCACUGCGUAACUGGAUUUAUUUUGGGAACACUUUGCCAGACACUUCCCUGACUACCGCAAGACUGAGUACAUAUCACCUCCUGGUGUGCUUUGUCCUCUGGAGUCAGGCUAGGUCCUUGUUCACAGAGCUGCAAAAAGAGAUGAUCAGGGAAUAGGGUGAGCUACCGCUUUCACUGGGAAGUGCAAGGGGAGCGCCACAGCUAGUUCAGCUGCCGCCAGCUGUGCGCCCACGGUGCAACUGAGACCUUUCUCAGCCUUAGGCAACUUGCUGCUGUAAUUUCAUAACUGGGAUGCACUUGUUAGUUUUUCUGAUCCUUUGCAAGUCUUAAGUCUUCCCAUCACAAACCACUCCUCCACCAUGGAAACCGUCUGCUCUCUACUGGUGCUGUUUAUACAAUGAGCCACGUCCAAAUGCGAUGGAGGUGGGCAGGUUUUUGUUGUUCCUGUCGUGGGUUUUGGUUUUGUUUUGUUUUUGUUUUUUUUUUUUUAAUUUCACAGCACUUACUGUUCAGCAGCCCUUGCUCAGUGGUUUGAGUGGACGACAGCACCACGACUUGUAAAUAGAACUGGAGAAAAACUCACCAGUGACCUCUUCUUAACAGAAGCUGUUUCUCAGAGUCAGAGGUGGCUACCCAGCAACUAAGCCAUACACUGUACCAGACAUCCUUUUGCAUUUAGGAUAUCGUUAAGCUGAAGCCUUUGCCCUGCUGGUACAGACACCGACAUGCACGUGCUGUGUCCAGCAAACCAGCACCUCAUUGUCUCUGGACAUACGGAGGGCAAUUUUGCACUUCUGAGUCAUGGUUGGGUUUUAUUUUUCACAAGUGUCGCUUCAAUUCAGUCCUAUUUAACAGCCAAGCUCCACAUGAAAAAUAAACAGCGUGCAA